ACUGAGCCUCCUCACACCAAGCCUACCGGCACGGAGCCUCCUCACACCAUCACGGAGAUCACCAAGACCACCACUUUUGUUACCACUGAGUGCCCUGUAACAUCUACUGUUGUCACAUCUGGCACCAAGACCCUCACCGUCCCGAUCACUCAAACUAACAUCAUCACGGUCACCACCACAUUCUGUGAGUCGUCAACUUUGCCUGUGACGCCUGUGCCGACUGGUACCGGUGUUCCUGUGCCACCGGCACCUCUGCCACCAGCACCAGUACCUCCUAAGAACAGCACUCUUCUGCCACCUGCUCCAGUUCCCACUGCUCCCUUCCAGAACACUACUGUCCCGGUCGUCCCCACCCAGCCAGUUCCUGUGGCGCCUGGUCAAUCUACUGUUCCCGGAAAGCCAGUCACUCCAACUGUACCUGGCGAGACUCCCGUUCAGCCAACCGUUCCAGGCGAGACUCCUGUUAAGCCUACUGUACCUGGCGAGACUCCUGUUCAGCUA